GAUAACAUCGAUUCCGUUGAAGACAUUCUUUUCUGAAUAAGAUAACGUCGAAAUGGCAGGUUGAAUUCAGUUUUGUGAAAUUGUUAGUAGGUAUAACAAAACAAAAUAGCAGUUGAGAGAUUUGUGUAAAAUAAGCACCAAAACAGAAUGUUGACACAAUUUGCUGGUAAUUUGUCAUGUGCUGUGGAGCCGGGGCAAAUUUUUGUGAUCAGUGCCAGGCCUAUUGAUGAUGCCGAGAGAAUAGAUAUCAACUUUUUGUCUGGAAAAUCUGACGAAGCAGAUAACAUUUUGCACCUAUCAGUACGUUUCCUGGAAGAUAUCAUUGUUCGUAAUACGAAACUUUCGAAUAGUUGGGGUCACGAAGAACGAGAAGAUAGCUUAAAUGAGCUUACAGCUCCCAACCCCAUUAAAGCAGGAGAGCUUUUCAAACUAUACAUAUUGGUUGGGGAUGACAAGUUCCACAUCGCGAUAAAUGGACAAUCCUAUUGCACCUAUAUGUUUCGUGCAGCUCUUUCGGAAAUUCGCACGAUAACAAUUUUCAAGGAUGUCCAGCAAAUUACACAGAUCGACCAUAGACAAGCAUUCCCAACGCCGUUUCCUGCUAUACAACUAGAGGAAUCGUUCAACUCAUUCAGCAAUGAUGUUCCGAAACCAUUUUUUCCAGGUCACGUGAUUGUAAUCACUGCAAUACCAUUCGGUAACCCCCGUGGUGGAUUUAUUAUACGCUUUACUGAAAAUGGCUCGAAAAGGCAGGCUUUGCAUUUCAAUCCACGCUUUGAUCCACACUAUAUAGUGGUUCGCAAUUCGCACACGGAAACUCUGGAAUUCCGCCGGGAAGAGGAACGUAGUGGAGGUUUCCCGUUUGUGUUGGACCAACAAUUUAAAUUAGCGAUUGGCAUGACCGAAAAUGAAUUCAAAUUCGCAGUAAAUGGAAGUUACUUCGAGUCCUACGCUUAUCGUAACAUCAAUCAGCUUGAUAUUCUAAACGGAUUUAAGGUGCAAUGUAGCAAUGGUAUGCAACUUGAAGUCACCAACGUUGAUCACAUGAAUAUGGGCGUACCUGAUUGCGAGGGUUUUGAAAGUUAUUCGCAUCCAGAAGUUGAAAUUUUUUAA